AUGCCAGAACUUCCGUACUACACCAAGCUUCUUUUAACGUCUCCUCCCCAGUUGACUCCACAAGAUCUUCAUGCUGCGAUCAUUCUAAUCAUCGAAGCCUUAGCGUCCGAUUCCAACAACAGUCUUGAAGUAUAUGUGCCAAUCGCUAGCUUUUUGACAAGUCUGAGAACCACAGGCCUCGAUUUGAAAGCUGAAUACAUCGCCAAAGCUGCAGAAGCCGUUUUGCAGUACUCUAAUGUGGUCAAAUUAGCUUCUCCAUCCACUGCAUCAAACGUCACUACUAUCGACAUUGUAGGGACAGGAGGCGACGGCCAGAAUACCUUCAAUGUUUCCACUUCUUCUGCGAUUGUUGCUUCCGGGAUUCCAGGCAUAAAAGUGUGCAAACACGGUGGGAAAGCUUCGACGUCGAAUAGUGGUGCAGGAGAUCUGAUCGGAAUGCUAGGAUGUGAUUCUUCCAAAAUAAACAGUCGCACCGUGCCGCGCUUAUGGGACGACAACUCUUUCUUGUUUCUGCUGGCACCGUUUUUCCACAACGGCAUGAAACACGUGGCGCUGCUGCGCAAACUUCUCCAGAUACCCACUAUUUUCAACGUCUUGGGACCCAUGCUGCAUCCUGUUGGCUGCGUUCAAAAAAGAGUUUUGGGUGUUUACUCCAAAACGCUUGGUCUGGAGUAUGCCCGUGCCGCGGCCAUGGUAUAUCCGGAGAGCGAGGUUUUCGUUGUUUGGGGCCAUGUGGGUCUUGACGAAGUCUCCCCCAUUGGCAAGACCACUGUGUGGCAUACCAAAGCAGGAAACAAGGCGCAAAUUGAGUCUUUUGAAAUUGAGCCCUCGAUGUUCGGUCUCCAAGAACACCCACUCACUGAAUGUGCGUCUUUGGGCCCUCAAGAAAACGCCAAAACACUUACGACAAUUCUCGAUGGCAAGUACCGCAGCGGCGAAAAUGCUAUCUACGAUUACAUCUUGCUCAAUACGGCAGUGCUAUACUGUUUGUGCAAUGGGCAUAAGGACUGGGCUUUAGGUGUAGAAAAGGCUGAGGAUGCCAUUCACUCUGGGAGAGCCAAAGAUUCGCUGCUGAAGUUUAUCUCAGACACCAAGGCCCUGUGA